AUGAACAGAUUUUGUUCACAAAUUAAUUAUUACUCAGACUUCCAUAGAAAAAAACUGCAGGUUUGGACUGCUAAUCGAUUACAUCAUUCAACUUUCCAAAUUACUCAAUUUCUUAGUUCAUUUAGUUCGUCAUUCUCAAGUCGUAAUCUUCACAUUAGUCAUAUAUUCAAUCAUACUAACAUGCAUAUUAAAGAAAUUGUAGUCUCCUUUGACUUUAGUCGCCGUACUGUCUGGUUUCAAAUACAGACAACUGGAGAAAGCUGUAACAUCUCCUUGACCCAUCUUAAAUUUCACUUGUCAAAGUUGAUCCUAUUACCGGGAAGAAGUUUAUCUUCAGAAGGAAAAACUAAAUCGCAAGGUCAAAUAACUCAACAAAUUCCUUAG